AUGUCGGACCCCCUUCCAACAAGUGACACGGAAGGCGAGCAAAGGAGCCCGUCUUUCAGCCACCUCGGCCGCUUCUUCAAGUCCAAUAAGUUUGUUACAGGAGCCGAGAACACGGGAACGAAGUUGGAUGAUAUCAAGUUGCUACAGAAGUCGACGGUCAAGUCCGACCGUUUCGGGAAGCGCCUGCUAGCCCCGUUUGGACAAUUUGAUCGCUUGCCAUUUGGAAUCAAAGUGGCGGCCACGUCGUUGAUGUUUAUGGUUAUCACGUUUGUUGUGCUCUACUUUGUUGCGAAGGCCAAGAAUUGGUAA